GGGAGGGCCCGGCAGGUAGGAGAAAGCGCCGCGUUCUCGCAGACGCCCCUCGCCUUUUACGGCCACGGCGGCGGCGGCGGGGCGGGGCGCGGCUGCUCGACCCCCGGCAGGCAGGCAGGCGAAGGUGUGUGUUGUGAGCGACGGCCGGAGGGAGAAGCAGCCGCCCGCCGUCGCUGCCGCUUCCAGGUGGGGAUGCUCUCGCACCAGGCGGAGAAGCGCAUGGUCUCCUCCAUCUUCAUCAUCCUUGCGCCACCCCGGAGGGGCUGCGGGGGUCCUGCGAAGGCCCCGCCGGUCCUUCCCACGGAGAAGCUGGUCCCUCGUAAAGAGGGGAGGGGGGCCAGCAGCAGUCCGGGUGCAGUUUCCUCUGCCCGGCUGGCACCACCUCUGGACCCCCCUCAUUCUGUGGAAGCUGUCCUGAGGUCUCUGCAGCCGUCCGCUGCCCUCCCAGUGGAGACCCUGGGCCCCGGUCUGCAGAAGGGAGCUGCCGCCUUGCCCUCCCCCCUGCAGACUUCUGGAGUGGAAGAGCCUCCGCCGGCCUCUCCUCUCGGCUGGACAGAUGGACAGGCGCAGGAGGAGGUUGCAGCGCCAGAUAUUUGCGCUUUCUGCCAUAAGGGCAUCUCGCCCGAUGCUCUUGCUCUCGAAGCCAUGAGGAAGCAGUACCAUGUCAGAUGCUUCACCUGCCGGACCUGUCACAGCAGCCUUGCGGGGAAGAGCUACUACCAGAAAGAGGGCCGGCCCUUGUGCACGGCCUGCUAUCAGGAGACCCUGGAGAAGUGCGAUGCCUGUCAAGACUUCAUCCUCCAUGAGAUUGUGUGGGCUCUGGGGAAGGGAUACCACCCGGAAUGCUUCACCUGCGUGGCCUGCAGCCGCCAGAUUGGCAGCGACGCCUUUGCCGUGGAUGACGAGCACCAGGCUCUUUGCCUCCCGGACUUUUACAGGAGGUUUGCUCCCAUCUGUGGCGUCUGUGAGGAGCCCAUCAUCCCGCGGGACGGGAGGGACGCCUACAAGAUCGAGUGCCUGGGGAGAAGCUUCCACGAGGAUUGUUACCGGUGCGAGAAGUGUCAGGUCUUGCUGUCGCUGGAGCCCACGGAGGACGGGUGUUACCCUCUUGGCAGCCGCCUCUUUUGCCAAGCCUGCUACGUCUGGCAGACCCGGGGUCCUCCUGCUGCGGAGACGGAUGCUGAUCGCUCUUGGAAGUGGGCCCAGGAGGGCUAGUCCAGUGCUCCAGCUGCCUCCUCCCCUUGUUCUGUCUGCGAUGUUUUCCUUCCGUGGGGAGUGGGCCAGGGACCGAGAGCGAAGCCCUCCUUGCAAAUUGGACUUGCCACUCUUCCACCAGACCAAAGAUGCCGUGCUCCUGCCCCUCCCCAACACAGACCAAAGACGCCGUGCUCCUGCCCCCCCCUACCCCAGCCCUCUGCUGAAGUCUGCCGGCUAGGGACAGUGCUCUGCUCUCCUUGUUGAUGGAGGUGCCGCAGGAGCCGGGAUUCAGCCUGCAGGAAAGCUGCUUUCCCAGGCCAGGAGAGGAGAGAGUCAGAGUGCUUAGUAGUCCAGCUGUGUUUGACAGCUGGCUGGCCCUCCCCGCUUCCCCCCCUAGCUCUGCCUCAGGGUGGGGGCAGGUGGCAGCCGCGCCUCUGAGGAGCGCCUGGCCUGAGCCAACACAGAGGACCAGGACAUGGAGCAAGUCCAUGCUUGCAAAUUGCCAAGCGGCAACUCCAUUGUGUUUUGGGCCCAAACGGAGGGAGCUGAGGGUGCUGUAAUCCUGCAGGCCCUAAUCCUGCCCUUUGUGUCCCAAAAAAAGCCCCUUCUUUGAGUCCAGCCCAGCAGCCAGAUCACACAAAAGGCUUGGCGGACACACGAGCAGAAGUUCAGUGGACUUCUCCUGUUAGUACCCAUCUCCUCCACUAGGGGGCAGCGCAGCUCUGGCCCUCCCUGCCAGUCAGAAAGACGUGGCUGCUGCUAGCCAAGCAGGGCUUAAAAUACUGGGGAGGGGGCAGGUGGGGCUCUCCCCCCUUGAAGGACAGAAAGGAAUUUUUGGGAAAAGUGUACGGAAUACAGACACGUUGGGGGGGGGAGGCUUUUGAUUCUUGGGCAAACCCUUAAGCAUUUUUCCCUUUGGUUUUGUCAGUUGUGGCCAGCAUGCCGACGGAGGGAAAGGGGUCCCCAAAUUGGCUCCCCAUUUUUGCUGGCUUUUCCUCCCCCCCCCCCAAGCAAGGGGCGGCAUCUUGCUGACUGCUCCACUUGUGCUGCCUCUGGCUAAGUGCUCUCCAGGGCCACAGCUGGAGGGGGAGAGGAAUGGGCUCUUUUGGGGGCUCCCUCAGAUGCUUCAGUCCUUCUUUGAGACUGGGGGGGCCGGGCAGCCUCUCCCCCCGUCGGACAAAAGGCCCGAUGACCUGCAGCCUUUAUCAUAAACCGCCUGGGAGCCGGCAGACAACAGAGCGGCUGCUUAAAGCCAUUUGCCCCAAAGGUCCUUUUCAACUGGACUUCCUUGUUUAUUUUUUUUUUCCCCCUCCCUUGGAAAACGUUUCGCUUCUCCCAUCCAAGAAGCGAAAAGUUUCCAAGGAAGGGGGGGGGGGAAAUAAAAAUAAAAAAUCCAAAAUAAAUAAGUAAAUCCAGCCGCCUUUUGGAAAAGCACUUUUUGCAGGGGGUCUUCAACUUCGGCCCUUUGUGAACUUCAACUCCCAGAAUUCCUCAGCCAGCUUUGCCAAGUUUGAACCCCCCCCCCCUUUUGGGACCACCAUGAAGGGGAUAGUUGAGAAUCCAUCUCCGUGGACAUGAAAGCCAUUUUUUGCGAUUCCCAGCCACACGCGGCGGCCGAGAAAGGCAGGGCCUGUCCGGGGUCGGGGAGGGGUCGAAUCCCCACGCGUGUUUUCCAGACAGUCCCGACGAGUCUCCGAGCAGGACACGGGAUUCCUCGCAAGCAUCUUGGUUGACCGGGGUGCAAUUAAACACCAUCGCAAAUAAAAGCUUUAAAAAGCA